GGAGGAGGAGGAGGAGGAACAAAGAGACUUGUACUGAUUUUCAUAAAAAUGAAAAAUGAGCGAAACGCAAACGGAGUUCUGUUUGUUCGUGUGAAGCAGCAUCGUCUUCAUCAUGUCUGAGGAGGCGGCAGGAGUAGAGCGAGGCACGGAGGAGCAAGAGGAGGCAGGAGGAGGACGAGGAGGAGGACGAGGAGGAGGACAGGUUGCCAUGGAAACGCCCAAAGGUCCCGUUUACUGUGUCUGCAGGAGACCAGACAUCAACUGCUUCAUGAUAGGGUGCGACAGCUGCACUGAGUGGUUUCAUGGGAACUGUAUCGGAGUUUCAGAAAAAGCAGCUAAAGCCAUCAGAGUGUGGUACUGUCCGUCCUGCAGAGACAGAGAUCCAUCUCUGGAGAUUAAAUACCGUCCGAAGAAGACCAAGGAGAAGGAGGAGAAAGAGUCGGAACAAGAGAGGGAGGACAAACUUGACGGAGAUGGAAGGUCCACCCCCCAGCCCAAGAUUGACAGGAGGCGGGGCUCACAGAUCAAGCGUUCAGCCCGGAUGUGUGGAGAGUGUGACGCCUGUCUGAGGACGGAGGACUGCGCUCAAUGCGACUUCUGUAAAGACAUGAAGAAGUUUGGAGGUCCAAACAAAAUCCGACAGAAGUGUCGACUGAGGCAGUGUGAGGUCCGAGCCCGGAAGAUGCUUCGUGUCAAAGACGAGGAGAUGAGUCGGAGUGGAGGCAGGGGGCGGGGCCUCCCGAGGAGAGGGCCGGGGCAUCAGACGGAGGAGGAGGAGGAAGAUGAGGAGGAUGAGGGGGCGUUCAGUGAGAGUGAGCUAGAGCUGUAUGAGCAGUACAAAGCUGCGGGAUACAGAGAUCUGGUGUGGCACAGUGAGGAUGAGGACGCUCAGUCGGACUCUCUGAGGAAGAAGGCUGUGAAGGUGAAACACGUCAAGAGACGAGAGAAGAAGACGGAGAAGAAGAAGUCCGUCUCUGCUCCGAAGGAGGAGGUAAAACCUCGUCGUCACAAAGCAAAGCAGCGCCACAGGGAGCGCGUGCGGCACAGCGAGCGAGGAGGAGAGGGCGGGGCCAAGGAUGUUGGCGGAGCUCUGAGACAGUGUCAGGGUCCAGGAUGCGUCCAACCGGCGAGGGUCAACUCCAAAUACUGCUCCGAGGAUUGCGGCAUGAAGCUCGCCGCAAAUCGGAUCUACGAGAUCCUCCCUCAGAGGAUCCAGCAGUGGCAGCAGAGUCCGUGCGUUGCAGAGGAGAUGGGGCGGAGACAGCUGGAGCGAAUCAGGAAGGAGCAGCAGGCGGCGAGGCUCCGUCUCACACUGAUGGAGAAACGUUUCCACGAGCUUGAAGGCAUCAUCGCCAAUGCUAAACAGCAGCAGGUCCAUCACCACGAGGAGGUGACUGAAGGUGAUGGAGAUGACACAGACCUUCAGAUCUUCUGUGUUUCCUGCAGUCAUCCCAUCAACCCGAAGGUGGCGCUGAGACACAUGGAGAGAUGCUACGCUAAGUAUGAGAGUCAGACAUCAUUUGGUUCCAUGUACCCAACACGUAUAGAGGGGGCGACCCGGUUGUUCUGUGAUGUGUAUAACCCUCAGAGUAAGACGUACUGUAAGCGACUGCAGGUUCUGUGUCCUGAACACUCCAGAGAUCCAAAGGUCCCAGCAGACGAGGUGUGCGGUUGUCCUCUGGUUAAAGACGUGUUUGAGCCGACAGGAGAGUUUUGUCGUGUCUCUAAGAGGAAGUGUAACAAACAUUACUGCUGGGAGAAACUACGCCGCGCUGAGGUCGACUUGGAGAGAGUCCGAGUGUGGUAUAAGCUGGACGAGCUGUUCGAGCAGGAAAGGAAUCUGAGGACGGCGAUGACGAAUCGAGCCGGUUUAUUGGCUCUGAUGCUGCACCAGACCAUCCAACACGACCCAAUUACAACCGACCUGCGCUCUGCCAAGGACAGGUAGACAGGUAGACAGGUGUAGAGAAAAACAUAGACAGAUAGAAAGAUUCAUUAAAAGCACAUAUUUCUAUUUUAAAUGUGUUUGUGAAUAUUCAGAACAACAGAAUGCAUUGUGGGAAGCAGAGGCAGCACGCUACAGGAAGUACAUUACGUCACAGUGAGGUCAUAGAUAAAGACGUGAUUCUGAAAUAAAUAACUGGCAAUAAUGAGACGGCUCUUCCUAAGCCCCGCCCCUUUUGGCUCUGUGCUCCAACCACAGUUACAUCAAUCGUUAGCUAGCUAGUUGCAUCUAAUAGCUAAUGUUUGCAGAACACUAGCCAACCAGUUAGCUAAUCUACAUCAGUCAUUUCAGAUAACUAGAUAGCUAAUGUUUUUAUUUGUAGCAAAAUGCUAGCUAACUAGCUAGCAGUGAUUAAUGUAUAUUUGUUAGCUAGCAUUUUGCUAACCAUUAGCUAUCUUAAGAUGUAAAUAUAUAUUUGUCUCUUUUAUCUUUUAACCGUCUUCAAAAUGUAUUUGUAAGUACAGGACAGGAGAAGGUUAACUGAGGCUUGCUCAACUGUGAUUGGAGCACAUAGCGAAAGGGGGCGGGGCUUAUGAAGAGUUCAUUAUAAUAUUUAACACCUCCUGUUUUUUUUGUCCUUUGGUGAAUAUAAUGUUUAUAUUCUCAUUAAUAAUCACAUAAUCAGCUUUCUGUUUUUAUACCGUUUAUACUGUUUUAUUCCUCAAGGACUACACUACCCAUAAUUCCAGCAGCCAGAGACUGAACACUACAGUUUUUAAUAUUUUAUAUGAAUCAAUAAGAAAUGGUGAAAUAAAUAAUCACAUGAAUACAUACAGAUGUGAUAUUUAUAUGAUGAAUAAAUGUUUCAUAACAUAAUUAUUAUAUGUAUAUCAUCAGAUCCUUUCACAAUAAGAGCACAUUGUUUCAGAUAGGUAGACAGAUAAAUAAUAAUAAAGUACUUUAAUAAUCCCAAAGUCACGCAUUCAUCUCAUGGAACAAAUAACUCAACAGUCUGACAGCCAAUCACAUCACUUCGUUGUGUUUAAAUGAGCUGAUAAUAAUAAUGACAUUUAUAAAAUGUAUAUUUCUUCUGUAUUUAUUCAUCUGAUUAUUUAUUCCUAAGAACUCUACAUGCAGCUAAAACUUUCAUAUGUCUGUUUUUAUCCUGAUGUUGUUGUUAUUGUUGUUUAUUGUUUUGAUAUUUGAUAUUUUUGUUCAUGUACAAACUUUCAUUAAACAUUUACAGUUUC